AGCAGGAACUCCUGACUCACAACUUCUCCAAACACUUAAAAAUCUUCCCUGAUUUUUCUGAUAGAAUGGGUAACCUCUUCUCAGUCUCCUUAUCAUGUGAUGCCAUUGCUUUUCGCUGCUGGGACUCCUUUGUUGGAAGAAAGCAUUAUGUAAGUAAGCUCCAAGAAGACCUUGAAGCUCUGGAUUCGUCUUUGCAGGAUCUAACUUCUUUAAAGAAUGAUGUCAAGAGAAGGGCUGAGGUUGCUGAGCAGCAGCCGCAAAUGAAGCGGUUAGACCAGGUACAAAUAUGGAUUUCAAGGGUGGACACAAUAGAGGCUCAAGUCAAUCAAGUUGUCAACGAUGGUCCUCAACAGAUUGAGAAAUUGUGCUGUGGAGGGUAUUGUUCAAAGUACUACAUAUCCAGCUACAAGUAUGGGAAAAAAGUGGCCAAAAAGUUGGUGGAACUAUCUGAAUUGAAGAACAGAGGAGAACAUUUUGAAGAGGUGGCAGCAAAAACCUUAUUACCACCAGCUUUAGUCAUUGAAAGACUUCUAGAGCCAACCGUGGGCAUGGAAACUAUGUUUGAUGAGGUCUGGAGUCACAUUGAAAAUGAAGAUCUGGGAGUGAUUGGAUUAUAUGGGAUGGGAGGUGUGGGUAAGACCACCCUCCUUACAAAUAUCAAUAACAACUUCCAACACGCUCCUAAUGAUUUCAAUAUUGUGAUAUGGAUAGUCGUCUCCAAGGACAUCAAACUUGAGAUCAUUCAAGAUAAGAUUGCAAAAGAGGUUGGAGUAAUCGAUGACAAGUGGAAGGAUAAAGAACAGCAUGAAAAAGCUCAAGAAAUCUUCGGCAUCUUGAGCAAAAAGAAAUUUGUGUUAUUAUUAGAUGAUAUGUGGGAUUGGGUUGACUUAACUAAAGUAGGCGUUCCAGUUUCUAACCAAAGGAACAACUCCAAGAUAGUCUUCACAACUCGCUCCGAGGAUGUCUGUGGUCGUAUGGGAGCUCAAAAGAAGAUUAGAGUGAAGUGCUUGGACUGGUAUAAAGCAUUGAACUUGUUUCAAGAGAAAGUUGGAAAGGAAACACUUUCUCUUCAUCCCGAUAUCCCAAAACUAGCUGAAGCUGUAGCAAAGGAGUGUGGUGGUCUGCCCCUUGCAUUAGUUACAGUUGGUCGGGCCAUGGCUUGCAAGAAGACACCUGAAGAAUGGAAUCAUGCAAUUCAUGUCUUGAAAAAAUCUGCCCCAGAGUUUUCAGGUAUGGGAGAUAAGGUGUUUCCUCUCUUAAAGUUUAGCUAUGACAAUUUACCGUGCCAGAAAGUCAAAUCUUGCUUCUUAUAUUGUGCUUUAUUUCCAGAAGAUUUUUCCAUAAGUAUAGAUGAGUUACUGUAUUGUUGGAUGUCUGAAGAAAUAUUGAAUAAGUAUGUUAAUGUAGAUGAAGCACGGAAUGAGGUUUAUGAUAUCUUAGGUACUCUUCUCAAUGCAUGUUUGUUGGAAGGUGAAGGAGAUAUUGUAAAAAUGCAUGAUGUAAUUCGUGACAUGGCAUUGUGGUUGGCUAGUGAUCCUGAGAAAACAAAAGAGAGUUUCCUUGUGCAAACAGGUGCCCAGUUAAUUGAAGCACCUACUCUCGGGAAGUGGGAGAACUCGAAAAGGGUGUCAUUUGUUGCUAAUCGCAUUGAAAAUCUAGUUGAAACACCCAAAUCUCCCAAUCUGUUGACGUUGUUUCUUAGGGAUAAUAAUUUGAAGAUGAUUGCCGAAAGCUUCAUUGACUUUAUGCCUAUUUUGCGAGUGUUGGAUUUGUCUGAAAAUAAGGACCUAAUCAGGCUUCCAUCUGGAGUUUCGAAGCUGGUUUCGUUGCAGCAUCUCAAUUUGUCACGAACUGGUAUACGAGAGUUGCCCACUGAGUUAAAGGCCUUAACAAGGCUCACUUAUUUGAACUUGGAGUACACAGCUGAGCUCGAGUUUAUUCCACCAAAUACAUUAUCGAGUUUUCGGAGGUUAGAAGUAUUGAGAAUGUCGGGUAGUAAUUAUCAGUUGCUUUCUGAAGAUAAUGAGGCAAUGAUAGAGGAACUGAAGGGUUUGAAACAGCUUGAUAUCUUUACUUUGACCGUAAGAAGUAUCACUUGUUUAGAAAGAUUUGUUUCCUACCGGAGGUUACUAACCUGCACUCGAAAUCUCAAUAUUGAAGUCUUUGAUGUCAACUUUGAUGUCAACCUACCAACUAUGAAAAGUAAAGAUCUUGAUUUCCUUGAAAUUUCGAAUUAUGGUAGGUUUAAACAAGUGGAGAAUUAUUGGGCAAGACAAGCAGCUAAGGGACCUCGGAACUCAAUGGUGAUCGACCGAUUAUGCUUGCUUGGCCUUCAAUCCGUAGUGAUAAGUGGCUUCUCGUCAUUGACAGACCUGACAUGGCUCAUUGCUAAUGCUCAGAAUAUCACGUAUCUAAGCGUAGACGGAUGUUCUGAAAUGAAAACAAUUAUUGAUUUGAAAAAACUGCUUAAGGUAGAACAUAUGGUAGAAGAGUGGAAGCCAUUUGCAAAACUUACACAUCUGAUUUUGUCACAGCUGCCUGUGUUGAAGAGCAUAUAUAAUAAUCCUAUGAAUUUUCCAUAUAUAAAGGAAAUCUGUAUAUCUGGGUGUCCAUCAUUGGAGAAGCUGCCAUUCAACUCCAGCUGUGCCCAAGGAUGCUACACAAUCCUCAUUGAAGGAGUGGAUGCGUGGUGGGAUGGCUUAAAGUGGGAAGACCAACUGGCUCAGAAUGUUUUCCUUCCCUUCUUCAGAUCGACAGGGGCGACACUUCCAGGUUUUUUUUUUUUCCCACUCGGAUACUUUUGGUGCACUGCCAUAAUUGUUGGGCUCUUUUAAUUUUAUCUUGUAUGCAGCUCCAGCACAUCUCUUAUAUUUUACGUGAGGCCCUCACGGUGAGGGGUAAUCAGGCGGUAUGAACAACUACCUGGCUGAUUUUAAUGUUGAUCAUCCGAACAGUCUUGCAUUUGUAAGAUUCAUGCCACCAUUUUCUACUCCUCCCCGACAAUCUCUGUCAACUUUCAUUGUUUCUGUCUCAGGAUUGAUUGAUUGAAUGAGUGUGCUUCAUUAGGCGUCUGUCAAAGAACGACUAAUCAUCUUCUUCUUUGACUUCGGCGUCAUCUUCUCCAGCGCAUCAGACCCAGUCGUCCUAUUCUCUUGCUCAAAACCGCCGAGAUCGAUUCCGGCUUUGUCCUCAGUCGAAGGUCACCGUUGCUCUCCUCUUGCUCAGAUCGCUUUCCGGCUUCGUCUUCAGCCAAAGACCGCCGACGCUCCUCUUGCCCAGACCGGUUUCACCAUUCGUCCGAGACCGUCGCAGACGAUUCGUUCGAGAUCGUCGCCUCCUUCUCACCCACAUACCGACCGGGUUCUUCAGUUCGUCGCUGCUCACAGGUCGACCGGAUUUGUUUAGCCCAGUCAACAUCUGGGUCGAAUCCGUUAGUCACAGAUCGACCGUCCGUUUCACUUCUUCAGUUCAGGCCGGUGUCGGCCUUAGUCCAGUCCUACCCGUGCAACAGGUCAAUCUCAAAAAAAAAAUAUAUAUAUAUAUAUUAAAUUGCUGCACGUUCUGUUAUUAUUUCGGAAUUCCUGUUAUUUUUUCCGCUGCAUACUCUGUGAUUUUGUGAUUUUACUACUAUAUUGUUACAAUGGGUGGUGAUGCAAAUGAAGGACAGAGUUCUAAGAUCAAUGAGGUCCAAAAGAUUGAGGUUUCUGUCCGAAAUUCAGAUGGUGGCUCUUUUGGUGGUCCAAAACUCAAUGGUACCAAUUUUCGAACAUGGAAGAAGAUUAUGUUUGUCCAUCUUCGUGGCAUACACAAGAUGAAGCAUGUGAAUGGAACAACCAAAGCUCCUAGUGAGGAAGAUGCAGAUGCUUAUGCUAAGUGGGAGGAUGAUGAUGGAUCUGUGAUGGCUCUCUUGUUCAAAGCCAUGACUGAAGAUGUGCUACAGUUGGUGGAAGAGUGUGAGACUGCUGAAAUGAUAUGGAAGACAUUGGGGGAUCUGUAUACCAAUGAGUCUGAUUUUAUACAGGUUCAUGAAUUGAUGUGCAAAGCUGCUAAUAUGCAACAGAAUGGGCAACCAGUAGCUGUGUAUUUCACCAAACUGAAGAAUGUAUGGGCUGAAAUUGAUCAGAAGCGUCCCUGCAAGAUCAAGAAUCAGGAAGAUCUUGUGUGGUACUAGAAGGAGAAGGAGCUUGAAAGAGUUCAUGUAUUCUUGAGAGGGCUUGAUGAGAAACAUAGCAGUGCCAAGGGAGAAUUGCUCAGAAUGACAGACCCUCCUAGUCUAGACACAGCUUUCACGUACAUCCGUAAGGAUGAGUCUCAGCAGGGAAGUGUAAAGCAUGCACAGGUUGAAGUGUCUAGCCUAGCCAUUCAGGCUAAGUCACCGACACCUUUCCUUUAGCAACAGAGUUCGGCUCCUCUGGAUCAGCCAGGUCCUCCUCCAGGCUUCACCAACCGCCCUCGUCCUCAAUGCUCGUAUUGCAACGACCUUGGACAUGUUCGAGAGACUUGUUGGAAGCUGAAUGGUACCCCAAAAAGAAAGGUUAUCGUCCUAAGGCAAAGGCUGCUGCGGUUCAGUUGAUCUAAGAACCAGACUUCUAUGGCGUGGCUGGACAAGAUCAUCAUACCACAGGUGGGGCUGCUCCUUCAGCCUCUAUAGCUGGUCGUGGUAAGAUUGGUAUGGCUUUAAAGGUUUCUAACUUUGUUGGUUCUGAUACAUGGAUUAUUGAUUCUGGUGCCUCUGAUCAUAUGACUUAUGACAAAUCGUACUUUACUGAAUUGUCUUCUCCACCUAUGUCCUAUGUAACUGAUGCCAAUGGCGAGGCUUUUCCUGUGUUAGGGUCAGGAUCAGUGCGUAUUACUCCUACUUUAGAACUGCAUAAUGUGUUAUAUAUGUCUGACUUGUCUCAUCACUUUAUAUAUGUUCCACAGUUAAACACUGAGUCUAAAUGCUCCGUAACCUUUUAUCCUAUGUAUGUGAUUUUUCAAGAUCUUCUCACCAGGGAGAUCAUCGGUCGGGGGUAUCUAAGGGGCAGAUUGUUCCAUUUGGAUCAGACAUACGCAGGGGAGAAACCAGGAGCACAGUCCCGCACCGCUUUGACUUCGAAUUUUGAUAAGCUAAGUGAAAUUUGGUUGUGGCAUCGCCGUUUUGGGCAUCCAUCUUUUAGUCUUAUGAGAAAAAUCAUGCCUACUUUGUUUAUUGGUGUGGAUGAGUCUGCUUUACAUUGUGAAACAUGUGUUUUGGCCAAGAGUCAUCGUGCUACUUAUUCUCCUAGUGUUCCUAAUAAAAGUGUUAUUCCUUUUGAGUUGAUUCAUUCUGAUGUUUGGGGACCUUCUAGAGAGCCUACUGUAUCGGGUAUGAGAUAUUUUGUGUUGUUUAUUGAUGAUUGUACGAGAUUGUCAUGGGUUGCUCUUCUUAAAACCAAAGAUGAAGUCUUUCCAGCUUUCCAAACUUUUCGUACUCUUGUUCAAACACAAUACCAUAGCACCAUUAAAGUCCUGAUAAUGGAGGAGAAUAUGUUAAUCAUGUUUUCCAAGAGUUUUUUAAAACCCAUGGGAUUGUUCAUCAAACCACAUGUCCACAAACACCAUAGCAAAAUGGAGUGUCCGAAAGGAAAAACCGUCAUUUACUUGAUAUGGCUUGUGCACUUCUCUUUAGUGCUCAUAUGCCUAAGUAUCUUUGGGGCGAUGCUAUACAUGCUUCCUCUCAUCUUAUCAAUCGUCUUCCAUCUAGUGUCCUUCAAGGAAAAAUUCCAUUUGAGGUUCUUGCAUCUCAUGUCUCCUUACCUUCAUUUCAUAAUCUUCCAGCUCGAGUCUUUGGUUGUGUCGUUUUUGUCCAUAUUCCUAAAAACUAGAGGUCUAAGUUGGAUGCCCGGGCGCUUAAGUGUGUGUUUGUGAGCUACGGAGGUUAUCAGAAAGGGUACAAGUGCUAUCAUCCACCUAUCAGAAAGUACUAUGUCACCAUGGAUGUUACUUUCUUUGCGGACAUGAGCUAUUUUUCCUCUUCAGAUACAGCACUUCAGGGGGAGAAUUCAUAUUUUGAAGAGCUGUAUCAUGGAGAGGAAGAGGAAUCAAAAGGCAGGGAAGAAGAAGUCACCCAAGCAGAAGGUAUUUUGACGGAUCCGAUUGAGUACGUCAACCAGUCACCUCCAGACGCAGAAGCUCCAGACAUCCAGGCACCAGUUUCAAGCCCUUCAAGUGAAGCUGAAGACACAACUGCCCCUCCUGCCGUCUCUUCUACCCCUGGCCCACAGCUCCCUGGUACUGAAGAUCACUCAUUUGAGGUAUGUCCACCCACUAGUACUAGUAGUAUUGAGUCUACUGUUGGGCAAUAUGUGUUACCAAAUAGGACAACUCGAGGUCAAUCAGCCAAAAGAUAUGAACCUACUCUUACUAUCAAAUCGAAAUACCCAGUAGCCAAUUAUAUGUCCACUAGGAGGUUGUCUAAGUCAUAUGAAUCAUUUGUGAAUCAAAUAUCUACUGUGUUAGUACCUAACAAAGUGCAGGAUGCGUUGGGGGAUCCAAAGUGGAGGAAGGUAAUGGAGGAAGAGAUGGAGGCGUUGCAGAAGAACAAUACUUGGCAACUUGUGCCUCCACCACAAGGCAAGAAGGCUGUAGGUUGUCGUUGGGUAUUUACAGUGAAGCAUAAUGCAGAUGGAUCAGUGAAUCGGUACAAAGCACGCCUUGUAGCAAAGGGGUUUACUCAGACGUAUGGUAUAGACUACGAUGAAACAUUUGCUCCUGUUGCCAAGAUGAACACCAUUCGGGUUCUGCUCUCAUUUGCUGCUAGUUUAAAUUGGCCACUCCGACAGUUUGAUGUUAAGAAUGCAUUCCUUCAUGGAGAGUUAGUCGAAGAGGUGUACAUGAGCCUUCCACCUGGGUAUGUAGUUGCUUCUCCAGGUGAUUUUGUAUGCAAAUUGAGAAAGUCUCUGUAUGGUUUCAAACAGUCACCUCAUGCUUGGUUUGGAAGAUUUCACAGUUCAUGCGGAAGGUUGGUUACAGACAGAGCAACUCAGACCAUACCUUGUUCCUCAAGCAUCAACAAGGGAAGGUAACAACUCUAAUUAUUUCUGUGGAUGAUAUGGUAAUCACUGGCAAUGUUACUGUUGAGAUGGAUAGACUGCAGGGACAACUAGCCUCUGAGUUUGAGAUGAAGGACUUGGGUGAACUUAAGUACUUCUUAGGAAUUGAGGUAGGCAGGGGGAGAGAAGGGAUCUACUUGUGCCAGAGGAAGUACGUUCUUGACUUGCUGACAGAGACAUGUUUGUUGGAUUGCAGACCUAUUGAUACUCCUAUUGAGCAGAACCAUUGUUUAGCUGAGUAUCCAGAUCAGGUACCUACUGAUCGAGCUCGCUAUCAGAGGUUAGUUGGGCACUUGAUUUAUUUGGCUCAGACUAGACCAGAUGUUGCAUAUGCAGUGAGUGUGGUGAGUUAGUUUAUGCAUAACCCAAGUGAGAGUCACAUGGAUGCUGUUAUGCGAAUUUUGAAGUACUUGAAGUCAGCUCCAGGAAGGGGAGUGCUGUUUUCUAAACACAAUAACAUUCUUGAGGUUUGUGGAUUCACUGAUGCAGAUUGGGCUGGAAAUAUUACAGAUAGGAGGUCGACAUCGGGUUACUUCACUUUUGUUGGAGGUAAUUUGGUUACAUGGAAGAGUAAGAAACAGAAAGUUAUGGCACGGUCUAGUGCUGAGGUUGAGUAUAGAGGUAUGGCUCACGGAGUGUGUGAAUUGCUGUGGCUGAGAAAUCUGUUACGUGAUUUGGGUUUCAAGCUCAAAAGUACUAUGCAGUUGUAUUGUGACAACAAGGCAGCUAUUGACAUAUCACAUAAUCCGGUACAACAUGAUCGUACUAAGCAUGUGGAGGUUGAUCGUCACUUUAUAAAGGAGAAGCUAGAUGCCAAAAUUAUUAGCUUCCCUUUUGUUCCAACUGAAGAGCAACUUGCAGAUAUACUUACCAAAGGAGUUUCCAUGAAGGCGUUUUAUGACUCACUAAGCAAGUUCGGCAUGGUUGAUGUGUAUGCACCAACUUGAGGGGGAGUGUUAGCGUGAGUCAUGGUGUAACAUUAGGAAUAAAAUAUAUUGUAAUUAUAGCGUAGUUAGUACUUACGUACCUAUUCUAUGUAUGGUAGAGAAUAGGGACGUAAGUCAAUUGUAUUCCUAUCCCCUUUAUAUACCUCCACUGUGAGAUGAAUAAUACACUAUGCCAA